GCUUCUCUGCCGGGAGAGCAAGGAAACAAGGAAGAUGCACAUGUGCUGACUCCCUGAAACUUCUCCAUUAUGUUCAUUUCAAUCUUUACCUACGACCUUUAGCUCCAUCUUCUUCUCCAUCUUGUUCUUGUAGCUCCGAGGCACAUAGUCCAGUUUUAUACGGCACAAGUACUCGCCUUCGUCGGUCGGCUUGACCCCUUGGAUAAGGAGUGACAGCACCCCUUGUCGCGGGUCGCCAUGCAGUGAGAACCUGAACCAUGAGCAGGCCCUGAGGUUCGCUGAGGAGAUGUUUUGGAUGGAGCACGCUAAGAAAUUAGUUUUGGAUUGUUUGGACCACUCGACCGUAAUGUUGCCGGCAUAGUGAUCCUGCUUGGGAUGAGUGAAAGAGCAUGUGAGGACGACGUCUUGUCCUCUUCUCGCCUCAGUCUCCUUGGAAACUUCCAUGUUCCACUUGGACACCGAGACACCGCCUGCACAAGUCAACAAGGUCAAGGGUAACGAUGAGGAGGCGGUCUUGGACCGAGGGAAGGCCAACUCCAUGCCCUACACCAACUUCGAGAAGGAGGACCUGGAGAGUCACAGGGCGCUCUAUGUCGGCGUUCACGUCCCAUCGGGUCGACAGAGCCGGCGGCGGCACCGUCACAGAGGACACAGGCACCACCGCAGAAGGCGGGAUCGUUCGGAGUGGGAUGACGAGCAAGAGUCGGCGUCACACGACACGCCCUCCCAAAGGGUGCAGUUCAUUCUCGGCAUGGAGGAUGACGAUGAGGAGCACGUUCCCCACGACCUUUUCACUGAACUGGACGAGCUCGCCUUCAGGGACGGAGACACCCUGGAGUGGAAGGAGACCGCCAGGUGGUUGAAGUUUGAGGAGGAUGUGGAGGAUGGCGGCGAGCGCUGGAGUAAACCCUACGUGGCCACGCUGUCCCUGCACAGCCUGUUCGAGCUGCGCUCCUGCAUCAUGAACGGCACCGUGCUGCUCGACAUGCGCGCCAACACCAUUGAGGAGAUCGCAGACAUGCUCAUCGACAGUCUGCUGGCGUCCAGUCAGAUGGACGAGGGCGUUCAGGACAAAGUGAGGGAGGCCAUCUUGAGACGUCAUCACCAUCAGAACGAGAAGAGGCUGAGUAACCGCAUCCCGCUCGUUCGCUCCUUCGCCGACAUCGGCAAGAAACAUUCUGACCCCCAUCUACUGGAACGCAAUGGUCUCCCCGCGUCUCCUCAGUCGGCUCCUGGGAACCUGGACGGCAGAAAUGGGGGUGAAGGUCACGCCGGUGGAGGAAGUGGUGAAAACAGCGUGGUGGACUUCAGCAAGGUGAGACAUGCUGCUGUCCCCUGCUGGAUGUGCAGGUCAUCACAGCCAUGUUUGUUUCAGGUGGACAUGAACUUCAUGAAGAAGAUUCCUCCCGGUGCAGAAGCCUCCAAUGUGCUGGUGGGAGAAGUGGACUUCCUGGAGCGCCCCGUCAUUGCCUUUGUGCGCCUCUCCCCCGCCGUGCUCCUCACCGGACUCACAGAGGUCCCUGUACCCACCCGGUUCCUCUUCCUUCUGCUGGGUCCGUUUGGAAAAGGUCGGCAGUACCACGAGAUUGGACGCUCCAUGGCCACACUGAUGACGGACGAGAUUUUCCACGACGUCGCAUACAAGGCAAAGGACCGGAACGACCUGCUGUCAGGGAUUGACGAGUUCCUGGACCAGGUGACGGUGCUCCCGCCGGGUGAAUGGGACCCCAGCAUCCGCAUCGAGCCCCCAAAGAGCGUGCCGUCUCAGGAGAAGAGGAAGAUCCCGCCUAUGCCCAACGGCUCCGCCUACAGCUCUGACAUCGUCAAAGACGCAGGGCAUCAGACUGGACCAGAGCUGCAGAGGACCGGAAGGCUUUUUGGUGGUUUGGUGAAGGAUAUCCGGAGGAAAGCGCCCUUCCUGCUGAGUGACAUCACAGACGCCGUCAGCCUGCAGUGUUUGGCGUCCGUCCUUUUCCUGUACUGCGCCUGCAUGUCGCCCGUCAUCACUUUCGGAGGCCUGCUCGGAGAAGCCACCAAAGGGAACAUAAGCGCCAUCGAAUCUCUGUUUGGGGCUUCUCUGACAGGUGUGGCCUACUCUGUCUUUGCGGGUCAGCCUCUCACCAUCCUGGGCAGCACUGGGCCCGUUCUGGUCUUUGAGAAGAUCCUCUUCAAGUUUUGCAGCGACUACGGUCUGUCCUACCUGUCUCUACGGACCAGCAUCGGCCUGUGGACCGCCUUCCUCUGCCUGCUGCUGGUUGCCACCGACGCCAGCUCGCUGGUGUGCUACAUCACGCGCUUCACCGAGGAGGCCUUCGCCGCCCUCAUUUGCGCCAUCUUCAUCUACGAGGCCCUGGAGAAGUUGCUCCACCUGGGGGAGCUCUACCCGGUCAACACGGACAACCACCUGGACAACCUGACCUUCUACAAGUGUGGAUGUUCUCCACCCGCCAACACCUCAGCUGACCUGCGUGAGAUUUGGAGCAACCACGGCUACAACUCGUGCGAGAGCGUGCCAUGGGGGCAACUGAGUGUGAAGGUUAAAUUCUCUAGUGUCCAACAGCAGCCACUAGUGGACACCUGGGCAAGUGCAGCUGUUGUCUCUUUGCAGGACUGUCGGACUUUGCGCGGCGAGUUUGUGGGCUUAGCUUGCAGCCGCGACGGUCCCUUCAUCCCUGACGUCCUCUACUGGUCCGUCAUCCUUUUCUUCACCACCUUCCUCCUCUGCUCCUUCCUCAAACGCUUCAAGACCAGGAGAUACUUCCCAACCAAGGUACGUUCGACCGUUAGCGACUUCGCUGUCUUCCUGACCAUCAUGGUCAUGGUGCUGCUGGAUUAUCUGAUGGGAAUUCCUUCCCCCAAACUCAGCGUGCCAGACCGCUUUGAGCCCACCUCCAACACCCGCGGGUGGCUCAUUUCGCCGCUGGGCCCAAACCCCUGGUGGACGCUGCUGGCCGCCGCUAUCCCCGCUCUGCUCUGCACCAUCCUCAUCUUCAUGGACCAGCAGAUCACCGCCGUCAUCAUCAACAGGAAGGAGAACAAGCUGAAGAAAGGAUGCGGCUACCAUCUCGACCUGCUGGUGGUGGCACUGAUGCUGGGUGUCUGCUCCGUCAUGGGCCUGCCGUGGUUUGUGGCGGCGACCGUGCUCUCCAUCUCGCACAUCAACAGCCUCAAGCAGGAGUCGGCGUGCGCGGCCCCGGGCGAGCAGCCUAAAUUUUUGGGCAUCAGGGAGCAGCGUGUGACAGGGUUCAUGAUCUUUGUCCUGAUGGGCUGCUCCGUCUUCAUGACCUCGGCUCUUAAGUUCAUCCCCAUGCCUGUCCUCUACGGUGUCUUCCUUUACAUGGGCGUGUCCUCUCUCAAAGGCAUUCAGCUCUUCGACCGCAUCAAACUGUUCGCCAUGGCGCCCAAGCACCAGCCGGACCUCAUCUACCUUCGCUAUGUGCCUCUCUGGAAGGUGCACGCCUUCACGGCCGUGCAGCUGUCCUGCCUCGUUGUCCUGUGGCUUAUCAAAGCCUCCGCCGCCGCUGUCGUCUUCCCCAUGAUGGUCCUGGCGUUGGUGUUUAUUCGGAAGCUUCUGGACUUCUGCUUCAGGAAGCGAGAGCUGAGCUGGCUGGACGACCUCAUACCCGAGAGCAAGAAGAAGAAGGAUGACGACAAGAAGAAGAAGCGGGAGAAGGAGGAUUUCCAGCAGAUGUCAGAGCAGGCGGCAGAAAUAUGUCCGUACGAGCCAGCCAUGGUUAUCGAGGUGGAAAGUCUAAAAGGACGUUUGGACCCAUCAGAAGUAAACAUCUCGUAUGAAAUGGACAAAAGUGGUGUGUGGAAGUCGCUUUCUGUGACGCCUGACGGUAGCAGAGCUCUGAAACGCACCCACAGCCAGGAGAAUCUUGCCAGCGUUGUCGUGGGUGGCGGAGGAGAUGCGAGUGUCGUUGACACGGAGACGUCACUGUGAGCUGCCCAUGAGGUCAAAGUUCACCGUUACUUCACCGUUUUAUGGUGAAAAUAGACCAAAGUACUUUUUACAAAGUUGACCAGUUAAUAUUUACGUGUGUGAUAAGUCUAUUUUUGUGUAUGGUGGGAACACGCUUGCUGCCUUGUCGUUGUAUGCAUACAUUUGUAAUCAAAUCAGUAAAUUACUUAAAAAAGAC